AUGGACAAUUCUCAAAAUGUAACUGUCGACCCGACGACGGCGACGUUUCCGGCAACCGGUGGAAACUCAAUUCACUUCCUUUCAUCGACUGCGGAAUCGAGAAUUGCUUUUAAGGUAAAAUGCUCGAAUAAUGAUCAGUAUCGUGUUCGUCCAGUGUUUGGAUUUUUGGAAAUAAAAGGGCGUACAAAAUUGGAAAUUCUUCGUUUGGAUGGACCAGCAAAAGACGAUAAAUUGGCAGUUCUUUGGGCAGAAGUUCCUGCCGAUGAGAUUGAGCCAUGGGCUCCGUUUAAGGCUGGCUCCCAAAUGGGCGACAUCACAAUUCAGCUGAAGGCGACUUGA